UUGUCCUCGUGAUUGGCUGCGGGGAUGACUCCGAUGGACAGACCUCCCCUUCCCCUCCCUCCCGGUGAAGCUACUGUUUUUCUUUUCUUUUUCUUCAUGCUCCUCCUCUUCUUUGUCCCUCUUCCUUCAUCCCCUCCUCCAGAUAAUUGCCGAUGCCGAUACGGAUCAGUUGGUUCACUCUUCGCUCAUCCUCCUUCCGCACUAUGUACAUUAGGUAUGUUCCAGGGUGACCGUGCAUGCAAUGUCCACCGGACACCCCUACAAAAAAAAAACAUACAGGAUACCUGCUUUCCGAUGCUUCGGUGCGCUAGGUAGUUACCCUCUUUCAACGUACACAUACAUAGGUGAUGUAGACUUAAACAUAUGCACGCUCACACCUCUGCUCCCUCACACUCUCACCCCAUUCCCACCCACAUUCUUCGCGCCUUUGCCUGUCUGACCUCCGUCUCUCGCUCACCUUUCUUGGCUUCGGUCUGCCGGGUUUAAGCAAAGAGGGCCAGCUAUCGGAGAGGCCUACGUCGUUGACCUCUAAUUCCAGCAGUCUCGGUCUCGGGAGUUUGUUAUUCACACUCCCAAAGCCUGGCUGGCUCGCCCCUUGCCUCCUCGACUUCAAGAUGCAUCCAGCCUUGCACUGCUUCACCCUACACUUGCCGUCUCGUCUCAACCGCUGCCAUUCUUCCUACCGCCACACAUGUCCCAGACGUCGGAUACUCUUUCCGACGCCGCUCACUAGUUCAUACAACAUGGGCGAUUGAUUAAACGCAGCCUUCUCGCCAAGCGACAACAGCCAUGUCUGCCCAGGUUCACAGGACGAAGUGUGGUGCUUGUCACCACCCCAUUCCAUGCAUGUUGGCAUAGAUACGCCAUCAGGUCUCAACUGACUGUCAUCUCGCACCGAACUUGUAAUUUCAACUUCUAAGCACAUCACUGGCGCUUUUACUGCAGCAAGUGCGCUCUAGGCCUGUCCGGAUGCCGGCUCCAACACACGCGGGUGUAACGUUGACCUAACACAAGCGGUCCAUGAUCAUGGUCUGCCCAACCACGCGCGCGUCAGAAGGAUGGGUUACGGAAACUCGGCCACGAGGACAAGAGCCCACACUGAAGGGAGGGAAAGUAUCCCCCUGUAAUCCAACAACGCCUCUGUAGGUUACACGGCGCAAGCCAUUGACGGGACUGCGACAGAGAAACGACACAACAAGCAGCCAGCCACACAUGCUGAAUUCAAAUGCGAAAGGUCGCAAAGUGCUAGCCGCGUCUCACCAUUUUAUUUCAAUCAACAGCUGUCAACCUAUCGUCAGCGCGGGAGGUAGCUCCAGUGCUCCAUGGCCAAUGACACAGGUGAACAGACACCCCUGAACCUCGCAGCCGGAACUACCAAAGAAGAGGUGACACACCGACCUUGCUUCACAACCAGGAUUGCGACACCAGUGUUUAUCAUUUGCCAUGGACCACGCCAUAGGGAUCAGGCUAUGAUUUGGUACCAUUCCCCUUGUCCCCGAGACGGUUAUUGUUUCUUUUACCUGCAGAACAGUCGGCCGACGUUGAAUGACCAGAAACAGGUCUAGACAGGCCAUCUGUCCAGCUGAAGCAUCCACGUUGGUCUGGCCCUCGGGCCUAAUAUGUACUUCUUUCAAUGACCCUUCUUCUGUGGGAACUGUCGUGGGGCAGGUUUGUGGUUUGCCUCAGCACAAAGUGGCAGAAGCCGUGAUUGAUUCUAGGCUAGGUUUGCACCUGCAAGCACGUAGGCUUGCGAACCGAUCUUCACGAGCUGGGCUGUGAUGAGGAUUCCAGAUACCUCUUUGCAUCCCGGUUUGCGAAGCUGUCUCUGAGUGGGCCACGGACCGAGGCUGAGAGCUGUCGGACUGUGUGUGUCUCAAGGAAUCCUUACCAAGGGCUGACCAAAGACACAGCAGCUCGGGGAACGGGGGUUUGCAUCCUGCAGAAAGCAGGGCUUCGGACAUCGAUGAGCGCGGGGCCUACUACAUAAGGCAAGUAGGUAAGGUAUUCGUAAGUAGCAUGCAUGAAAUUUCCCUUUGUUUCCCUCGGCACCUACUCUUCCUCUCCGCUAAUUUCCAUCAAGGAUGAGCUGACUUGCAUGGCACAGCUUCCGAUGGCACCGGGAUCUCAUCAGUAGACUGCUGCCGAACUGCAACAUCGUACUUUUAGCACUCGUAGCUAGAAUGUGCCUCCAGGCAAUCUCUCUCAACUCUUCCACGUGCUUUGUUUCUGGUCUGAGCCAUUUGGACUAGGCCGUAUAUGUCCCUGUUUUGGCCAUGGCACCUUUUGCUUGGGGCUAUUCUAUUUAUCAUACGUAUUUCUAUCGGUGUUAUGUAGUUGUACCUUUGCGGCCGCAAGAAGGGACAGCCUUGGCUACAUUUACCACCAGUGUGCACCUGGGCUGGUUACUUGGAUUAAUUAAUUAAUCUCUGGGGCAUGUUUCGGUUCCAUCCUCCAACUUCCCCUUUUCUUCCUGCUUCUGCCCUGGGUGAGGCGGAGGAGUAUCUCCUAGCCGCGCCUAUAGAGACAUAGAUUUACGUCUCGCGCAUCCGCGAUCCCACACAUGCUGUAUCGAGGUCACAGCCAAGGGGGACGGACGCGUGCCCCCGGCAAACGCAGGUAGGGGAAAUGUCUGGCCCCCUUUCCUUAGACAGUGCAGCCCCGGGCUGCGCUUACUCAUCCCAGUGACUAAAUUCCAGCAUCAAGGUUCCGUCAUGUUUGGUCCGGUAUCGUUUCUUGUUUGACCUUCGGCGCCUCCUCCGGACCGCAAGCACAGUUGUUUGGCUCGGCCGAAGGCCAGUAUCUUCACAUCCUUGUUUUUUCGCUCUCUCACCUCUACAACGGCGGCGGGCUUCUCCGCUGCUGCACGUGGCGACAUAGACGGACGGAGAUUUAUCCCAUGACAAUCACAUCACAGAAACGCGACCUUGCAUUUGCGGAUAGAGAACGACGGCCAAAGGUCAACAGGAAGGGCUCUAUUCGUUGUCCACAUCAGUCUUCGUUCAAUCACCCCGUAUCUUCCCCUCACCUACUCGCCAUUUCACGAUCGAGACUUACCCCUCGCGUUGGUUAUUAGACCUUGACAGGAGGCAAUGGUUUUCUAAGAGCUGUUCUGAGUCGACCAAUCCUCUUUUCUUGCCCCUGAAAAGACCGCUCUGUACCUAUGUUGCCCAACACAGGAUCGCACUCACCCAAUCAAUCAUCUCGCUUCCUCCCCAACUCCCGUUUUGUGCACUGCAGGCCAUCUGGCACUGUUCACUACCAACCCGGACGGAAGAGGUUGAAUCAUGUCAAACACAGUAAAGCUCAGGCCGCUGUUGCCGCUCGCCGCCGCCGCCAGCGGCCCCCCGCCGACGGCCCCCGUCAUCACAAGACCACCAAAGAGGAAAGGGUCACAAGUCUCAGCGGCAUGUAACGGCUGCCGGAAAAGAAAGGUCAAGUGUGAUGGAGUUCGGCCGAGCUGCUACACCUGCAAGACGUCGAAUUCGCCAUGUGUCUACCCCGUCCCAGAGGGCCUCUCGCAGAGGCAGGCCCAGAAACAGAAACUCAACUACGUGUCGAGGGCCCAUGAGAACAGCCAACGGGUGUUGGAACUGCUCCGGGCGAGUCGGGACGGCGCCUCGCAGGACAUAUUGAAGCAGCUACAACACUCGGCGCACCUCGACGAGGCGAUACAAUCGAUAGCCGACGCUAGUCUCCUUCUCCCUAAAUUUCACGAACAGAGACGAGUCUCGACAGAUUUCUCCUCACCCCCGGGCCUAGGGGAUCCGCCCUCCGAGUCAACGACUCAACCACUGUCAAAUCAUGAUAGCUUCAAUAGAGACCCGUCAGCCGGCAACUCCGAGCCGGAUCAUGCCCUUCCAGUUUCGCACUGGACAACCGUUUCUCGGGACAACAAACUGUUGACCCAUCUUUUUGAUAUUUUUUGGAUGUGGGACAGCACCCUAUCCCACCUCGUCGACCGAGAGCUCUUCAUUGCCGAUCUAAGCGCCACCUUACCGGACCUUUCGACGGGUCAGCGCCGAAGCUUCUGUUCGCCCUUUCUCGUCAACGCAAUUCUUGCCGUGGCUUCUCUACACGCGACACGGAAGAGUCGCAAUCCAUACUCGGGGGAUUUCGUCGUGCUCAGCCACGAGUUUGCCCGCUGUGCUUUCGACUUGCUCGAGUCGGAGAGAUGUUCGGGUUCGAGCUCGUUAACGUUGCUGCAGGGCGCGGCCAUUCUCUGGCUCUUCGCCAAAAAUGAGGGCGCUCGAGCAUCCCCCACGCGGGCCGCCAGCCUCGGGAGUUUGAUCCAGCGCACCUGGUCGGAACUUGGUCUUGAGACCGGUGGCCCCAUAGCCUUCAGGGUUUCCGGAACGAGUGAAUCUCACAAAGUCAAGAUCUGGAAGGCGGUUUCUCACAUGACAUGGGGGUUCUAUUGCUUCUUUGCAAAAAUGGCGGCAUUGUUCUCUCCAGACAUGCUGGUUCCGAGGCCUCGAAUCAUGAAGGCAUUCGAAGACGUGGAAGCCCAGCAAGGGCUCUGCUCGCAAGCCUCUUUCCUGUCCACCUCCGAUGACAGCCCAGAUAGCCAAACGUCACAUCAGUUGCAGGUGUUCAGUGCCAAAUGCUCCCUCUGCGAGAUUUCCAACCAGUUCACGUCCGGGUUUUCGAUGAAUGAGCAGGCCUCGCUUCUGGAUAGCAGACAGUGUACGGGGUUGUACAACAAGCUCCUUUGCUGGAAGCUGUCACUUCCCAACCAUCUCAUGACGAGCAACAGCGUCUCGCCAUCUGUUUUGCUGCUCCAAGCAACGUACGAUUUCGUCGCCCUAAGGCUUCUCUACAGCUACACGAACCACGCCGGCACCGACCUGUUCGACGGCCGCAACGCCGCCUCCCUCCAGGUCCUCCAUGCGAGCUCCAUGAUGACGAACCUCUGGAUAUACCGCAGCAUCUACACCAUCAAGCACGAGUUUUGGGCGGCCGAGUACUGCUCCUCUGUCGCGCAUGCCCUCCUGCCGUCUCUCGAGACCAGCACCUCGACGCCCGUGGUCCACGAUAUCGUCGGCAGGGCCUGCUGCAUCCUCAACGAGAUGGCGUGUACGGGCGUCUCGGGCCGCGCUGGGGAAUUACUUGAGGGCAUCGAAGAGAGAGCAAGGGCGGCGAGGAUCCGUGUCCCGGCGUAUGGGAGGCAGGAGACAGACGAGGAGGCACACGGAGGCGGGCCCAUGACAAUGUUGCACGGUGUGCGGGUUUUCGACGGCGCUAAGGGCGCCGAGGGGGGGAUGUUGGACGGCGCCGAUGGCCGUCACAACGUAAGGUUCGGCAAGACCAUUGCUGAUAUCUCCUGGGCUUCAGCCAACAAGUGACCCGGAAAUGGUAUCAAGAGUAGGGGGGGAGGGGGAAGCGUUGUGGAAGAGAUUGAUGUCGCACUUUGGCACGUUGGAGUAGUGUUUUUUGGCUGUUUUCCUUCUAGGAGGUUUCGCGACGGUUUUUUUAUUAUUAUAGUUCGGUUUCUAUGGAGCUGGCUGGGUUCACAUCAGACACGAUGGACGCCCCGCAGGAGUGUGCACAAUGUACAGCGGACGGGGACUUAAUCGCGGUGACAAGUAAACCAAAGGGGGGAACACUUCAAUUCGUUCCACAAUUUGAACCGAAAUAGGGAGGGGUAUAAUUCCAAAUGCUGCCUUUUCCUGAAAGUUCU